GCGCGGGGUCGGGGGCGCGCGACCGAAGCGGACAAGGGACGCGGCGGCGGUUGGCUGUGGCUGUUGAGGGAGUACAGGACAGCCAGGACCGCGACAGGCGGCGGCGGAGGCAGUAGUUGUACUGGCAGAGGCGGCCGCUGGCAGCAGUUGAGGCGGCGGUCCAACGCGUGCUCUCUGGGCGGGGUGCGGCGGGGGAUGUGCCUGCCCAGGCCGGGCGGAGUCUCUCUGACAGGGCGGGGGAUGCGCCGCGGCCGCUCGCCCGGACCCUGAGGCUGUUGGGCCCACCCUCCCGGAACCGUCCGACCCUCGGUGUCCUCGACCUCUUCUGCCAUCUCCGGCCCGACCCUGGGGCGGAGGGUGGAAGGCAGCUUCCGUCGAAGAGGAGGGGGCUGCGGUGGCCACCGCGGCGGAGCCCGAGUUAUUUUACCAAGAAAAUGGUUUGCACGACUUUGAACAUAUACUAUCCAUGCUGAUGGGACAGGAUCCAAUAUGAAUAUAAAUGAUGGAGGAAGACGACGCUUUGAAGAUAAUGAACAUACAUUACGGAUAUAUCCUGGGACUAUUUCAGAAGGGACAAUCUACUGUCCGAUUCCUGCCAGAAAAAACUCCACAGCUGCUGAGGUGAUUGAGUCUCUUAUAAACAAACUUCAUCUUGACAAAACAAAAUGUUAUGUUCUAGCAGAGGUAAAGGAAUUUGGUGGAGAAGAAUGGAUUCUCAAUCCAACAGAUUGUCCAGUUCAGCGAAUGAUGUUGUGGCCCCGAAUGGCUCUGGAAAAUCGCUUAAGUGGAGAGGACUACCGCUUUCUUCUGAGAGAGAAAAACCUUGAUGGAUCAAUCCAUUAUGGUAGCCUGCAGUCAUGGCUACGGGUAACAGAAGAACGUCGCAGGAUGAUGGAACGGGGUUUUCUUCCACAGCCUCAACAGAAAGACUUUGAUGAUUUAUGUAGUUUACCUGAUUUGAAUGAGAAAACUCUCUUAGAAAACCUACGAAAUCGCUUUAAGCAUGAAAAAAUUUAUACCUAUGUUGGCAGUAUUCUAAUAGUUAUUAACCCAUUCAAGUUUCUUCCUAUUUAUAACCCCAAAUAUGUCAAAAUGUAUGAUAACCACCAACUGGGAAAACUUGAGCCCCACAUUUAUGCUGUGGCUGAUGUAGCUUAUCAUGCCAUGCUUCAGCGCAAAAAGAAUCAGUGCAUCGUGAUUUCGGGAGAGAGUGGUUCUGGGAAGACUCAAAGCACAAACUUUCUUAUUCACCACCUUACUGCUCUCAGUCAGAAAGGAUUUGCCAGUGGAGUAGAACAGAUUAUUCUUGGAGCUGGACCAGUACUUGAGGCCUUUGGAAAUGCAAAGACAGCUCAUAAUAACAAUUCAAGUCGUUUUGGGAAGUUUAUUCAAGUAAAUUACCAAGAAACAGGCACUGUGCUUGGUGCCUAUGUUGAAAAAUAUCUACUGGAGAAGUCCAGACUCGUUUAUCAAGAGCAUAAUGAACGGAACUAUCAUGUAUUCUAUUACCUCCUUGCAGGAGCAAGUGAAGACGAGAGAUCAGCAUUCCAUCUUAAGCAACCAGAGGAAUAUCAUUAUCUCAAUCAGAUAACAAAGAAACCCCUCAGACAGAGCUGGGAUGAUUAUUGCUAUGACUCUGAGCCGGAUUGCUUCACGGUGGAAGGAGAAGAUUUGAGACAUGACUUUGAGCGCCUACAACUUGCCAUGGAAAUGGUAGGAUUUCUUCCCAAGACACGAAGACAGAUUUUCUCUCUUCUCUCAGCCAUACUACAUUUGGGUAAUAUCUGUUACAAAAAGAAGACAUACCGGGAUGACUCCAUUGAUAUCUGUAAUCCUGAAGUUCUGCCUAUUGUCUCAGAAUUAUUAGAGGUUAAAGAAGAGAUGCUAUUUGAAGCGUUAGUUACAAGGAAGACGGUGACAGUGGGAGAAAAGCUUAUUUUGCCAUACAAGUUGGCAGAGGCUGUGACAGUGAGGAACUCCAUGGCUAAGUCUCUAUAUAGUGCCCUGUUUGACUGGAUAGUUUUUCGAAUUAACCAUGCACUUCUGAAUAGUAAAGAUUUGGAGCAUAAUACCAAGACAUUGUCCAUUGGUGUUCUUGAUAUUUUUGGGUUUGAAGAUUAUGAAAGUAACAGCUUUGAACAGUUCUGUAUUAAUUUUGCUAAUGAACGUUUACAGCACUACUUUAAUCAGCAUAUCUUUAAAUUGGAACAAGAGGAAUAUAGAACUGAAGGUAUCAGCUGGCACAACAUAGAUUACAUUGAUAAUACCUGCUGCAUAAAUCUUAUUAGCAAAAAGCCAACAGGACUGCUUCAUCUUUUGGAUGAAGAAAGCAACUUUCCACAGGCUACAAAUCAAACAUUGCUAGACAAGUUUAAGCAUCAACAUGAAGAUAAUUCUUACAUCGAAUUUCCAGCUGUGAUGGAGCCUGCUUUCAUUAUAAAACAUUAUGCUGGAAAAGUAAAAUAUGGGGUAAAGGAUUUCCGGGAAAAAAAUACAGAUCAUAUGCGCCCAGACAUUGUAGCUCUUCUGAGAAGCAGCAAGAAUGCAUUUAUCUCUGGGAUGAUUGGAAUUGAUCCUGUAGCUGUUUUCCGAUGGGCAAUUCUCCGAGCUUUUUUCAGAGCCAUGGUUGCUUUCAGGGAAGCUGGGAAAAGAAACAUUCACAGAAAAACUGGACAUGAUGAUACAGCGCCAUGUGCAAUUUUGAAAAGUAUGGAUAGUUUUAGCUUUCUCCAACACCCAGUCCACCAGAGGAGCUUAGAGAUUCUGCAGAGAUGCAAGGAAGAGAAGUACAGUAUAACCCGGAAAAAUCCCAGAACACCUCUUUCUGAUCUCCAGGGCAUGAAUGCUCUAAAUGAAAAAAACCAACAUGAUACAUUUGAUAUUGCCUGGAAUGGCAGAACUGGGAUUCGCCAGAGCAGACUAUCAAGUAGCACCUCCUUGCUUGAUAAAGAUGGAAUAUUUGCUAAUUCAACUAGCAGCAAACUCCUGGAGAGAGCCCAUGGAAUUCUCACGAGAAACAAAAAUUUCAAAUCCAAGCCUGCCCUUCCAAAGCACUUGCUAGAAGUAAAUUCUUUAAAGCACCUGACAAGACUGACACUACAAGAUCGCAUUACCAAGUCUCUUCUUCAUUUACACAAGAAGAAAAAACCUCCCAGCAUCAGUGCCCAGUUUCAGGCAUCAUUAAGCAAGCUAAUGGAAACACUUGGUCAAGCAGAACCAUAUUUUGUAAAAUGCAUUCGCUCUAAUGCUGAAAAGCUGCCCUUAAGGUUCAAUGAUGCCUUGGUACUUAGACAGCUUCGAUACACCGGGAUGCUGGAAACAGUUCGAAUUCGCCAAUCAGGAUACAGCUCCAAAUACUCUUUCCAGGAUUUUGUGAGCCACUUCCAUGUACUUCUUCCCCGAAAUAUUAUUCCAUCCAAAUUUAACAUUCAGGAUUUCUUCAGGAAAAUAAAUCUUAAUCCAGAUAAUUAUCAAGUUGGAAAAACCAUGGUCUUUCUAAAGGAGCAGGAACGACAGCACUUACAAGAUCUGCUUCACCAAGAGGUGCUCCGCAGAAUCAUAUUGUUGCAGCGAUGGUUCAGGGUCUUGCUAUGUAGGCAGCAUUUCCUCCAUCUGAGACAAGCAUCUGUUAUUAUCCAGAGAUUCUGGAGGAAUUACCUAAAUCAGAAGCAAGUCAGAGAUGCAGCUGUGCAGAAGGAUGCUUUUGUUAUGGCUAGUGCAGCUGCUCUUCUCCAAGCUUCCUGGCGUGCUCACUUAGAGAGGCAGCGGUACUUGGAGCUACGGGCUGCAGCCAUCGUUAUCCAGCAGAAAUGGAGAGAUCACUAUAGGCGCAGGCACAUGGCUGCUAUUUGCAUACAAGCAAGAUGGAAAGCCUACAGGGAAAGUAAAAGGUACCAAGAACAAAGGAAAAAAAUUAUCCUUUUGCAAUCAACAUGUAGAGGAUUCAGAGCAAGACAAAGAUUUAAAGCUUUAAAAGAACAAAGGCUAAGAGAAACAAAAUCAGAAGUUGCAUUGGUGAAUAUUAAGGGAUAUGGAUCUCUGGAAAUUCAGGGUUCGGACCCUUCAGAAUGGGAGGAUUGUUCUUUUGACAACAGAAUAAAAGCCAUAGAGGAAUGUAAAUGUCUAAUAGAGAGUAAUCGAAUUAGCCAUGAAAGUUCGGUGGACUGCUUGAAGGAGUCACCAAACAAGCAGCAGGAGAGAGCACAAAGCCAGAGUGGUGUGGUCUUGCAGGAAGACGUGCUUGUAAGAGAGAGACCCAGAUCCUUGGAGGAUCUCCAACAGAAAAAAGUAGGCCGGGCUAAAAGAGAAAGUAGGAGAAUGAGAGAACUAGAGCAAGCUAUAUUUAGCUUAGAAUUGCUGAAAGUUCGUUCUCUUGGUGGUGUUUCUCCUUCAGAGGAUCGCAGAUGGUCUACAGAAUUGGUGCCUGAAGGCCUUCAAUCUCCACGGGGUACACCUGAUAGUGAGAGCUCUCAAGGAAGCUUGGAACUUCUGAGCUAUGAAGAAAGCCAAAAGAGCAAACUAGAGUCUGUCAUUUCAGAUGAAGGAGACUUGCAGUUUCCGUCACCUAAGAUAUCCAGCAGUCCAAAAUUUGAUUCACGGGACAAUGCCCUCAGUGCCUCAAAUGAGACUAGCUAUGCAGAGCAUUUGAAGGAUGGAACUAUGAAGGAAAAGGUGGUCUGCAGUUCUGAGUCUAUUACCUGUAAACCACAGCUGAAAGACUCCUUCAUUUCAAGUAGUCUACCUACUUUUUUUUAUAUCCCCCAACAAGACCCACUGAAAACAAAUUCCCAACUAGACACAAGUAUCCAAAGAAACAAACUAUUGGAAAAUGAAGACACACCGGGGGAAGCUCUUACUUUGGAUAUCAACAGGGAAACUAGAAGGUAUCACUGCUCAGGAAAAGAUCAAAUUGUUCCUUCUUUGAAUACAGAGUCUUCUAAUCCUGUGCUUAAGAAGUUAGAAAAGCUAAACACUGAGAAGGAAGAAAGGCAAAAGCAGUUGCAGCAACAAAAUGAAAAAGAGAUGAUGGAACAGAUUCGCCAGCAAACAGAUAUUUUAGAGAAGGAGCGCAAAGCCUUCAAGACAAUUGAAAAGCCAAGAAUUGGAGAGUGUUUGGUGGCACCAUCUUCCUAUCAGUCAAAGCAAAGAGUAGAGAGGCCAUCCUCUCUCCUCAGCUUAAAUACCUCAAAUAAGGGAGAACUUAAUGUACUGGGGUCCCUAUCAGUAAAAGAUGCAGCUCUUGCCCCAAAAGACAGUUCCUCUACUCACUUAACCCCAAAGGACCGACCUGUCACCGUGUUCUUUGAAAGAAAAGGAAGUCCAUGCCAAUCCAGUACUGUCAAGGAAUUAUCCAAGACAGACAGAAUGGGCACCCAGCUGAAUGUAGCCUGUAAACUCUCUAAUAAUCGCAUUUCAAAAAGAGAACACUUUAGGCCAACUCAGUCUUAUGGCCACAAUUCUGAUGACCUUUCCAGAGAGGGAAAUACUAGGCCCAUUUUCUUCACUCCAAAGGACAAUAUGAGUAUUCCCCUUGUCAGCAAAGAAGCCUUAAACAGUAAAAAUCCUCAACUCCGUAAAGAAGAUGAACCAGCAUGGAAACCUGUGAAGUUAGCUGGGCCAGGCCAAAGAGAGACAUCACAGCGAUUUUCGUCAGUUGAUGAACAAGCAAAGCUUCAUAAGACUAUGUCUCAAGGAGAGAUUACCAAGUUGGCAGUGAGACAGAAGGCUUCAGAUUCAGAUAUAAGACCUCAGAGAGCUAAGAUGAGAUUCUGGGCCAAAGGGAAACAAGGGGAGAAGAAGACUACGAGAGUGAAACCUACUACCCAGUCAGAGGUUUCGCCACUCUUUGCAGGCACAGAUGUGAUUCCAGCUCAUCAGUUUCCAGAUGAAUUAGCUCCAUAUCACCCAACACCUCCUUUGAGCCCAGAACUGCCCAGCAGUUGCCGGAAGGAGUUCAAAGAGAACAAAGAACCUUCUCCAAAGGCUAAGCGCAAGCGAAGUGUGAAGAUUAGCAAUGUGGCUUUGGAUUCUAUGCAUUGGCAAAAUGACUCUGUCCAGAUCAUUGCAAGUGUCAGUGAUUUAAAAAGCAUGGAUGAAUUUCUUCUGAAAAAGGUGAAUGACCUAGAUAAUGAAGACAGCAAGAAGGAUACACUAGUGGAUGUUGUAUUUAAAAAAGCCCUGAAGGAAUUUCGGCAGAAUAUCUUCAGCUUUUAUUCAUCUGCAUUGGCAAUGGAUGAUGGGAAAAGCAUACGGUAUAAAGACCUCUAUGCACUAUUUGAACAGAUUCUGGAAAAGACGAUGAGGCUUGAGCAGCGUGAUUCACUGGGUGAAUCUCCAGUGAGAGUUUGGGUCAACACUUUUAAAGUGUUUUUAGAUGAAUAUAUGAAUGAAUUUAAGACUUCAGAUUGCACAGCCACAAAGGUGCCAAAAACAGAAAGAAAGAAAAGAAGGAAAAAAGAAACUGAUUUGGUAGAAGAACACAAUGGUCACAUCUUUAAAGCCACCCAGUAUAGCAUCCCUACAUACUGUGAAUACUGUUCUUCUUUGAUAUGGAUAAUGGACCGAGCCUCUGUUUGCAAAUUAUGCAAGUAUGCUUGCCAUAAGAAGUGCUGUCUGAAAACCACAGCCAAGUGCUCUAAAAAGUAUGAUCCAGAGCUGUCAUCUCGACAAUUUGGGGUUGAACUGUCCCGUUUGACCAGUGAAGACCGAACUGUUCCUUUAGUAGUGGAAAAGCUCAUAAACUACAUUGAAAUGCAUGGACUGUAUACAGAAGGUAUUUAUCGAAAGUCUGGUUCGACUAAUAAAAUCAAGGAGCUUCGGCAGGGUCUAGAUACAGAUGCUGAGAGUGUAAAUCUAGAUGACUAUAACAUACACGUCAUUGCAAGUGUAUUCAAACAAUGGCUUCGAGAUUUGCCCAAUCCUCUCAUGACCUUUGAACUCUAUGAGGAAUUUCUUCGAGCUAUGGGCCUUCAGGAGAGGAAGGAGACAAUCCGUGGUGUAUACUCUGUGAUUGAUCAGCUCUCCCGAACUCAUCUCAAUACACUGGAACGCCUCAUCUUUCAUCUAGUCAGGAUUGCUCUACAGGAAGACACUAAUCGAAUGUCUGCUAAUGCUUUGGCCAUUGUGUUUGCGCCCUGCAUUCUCCGCUGCCCUGACACCACUGACCCACUACAAAGUGUACAGGACAUCAGUAAGACUACCACUUGUGUGGAGCUGAUCGUUGUGGAACAAAUGAAUAAAUACAAGGCUCGUCUCAAAGAUAUCAGUAGCUUGGAAUUUGCUGAGAAUAAGGCAAAGACCAGGUUGUCACUGAUUCGUAGAUCAAUGAAACCUGUACUAAUUGCAGUUAGAUUCAUGAACAUUACCCGCAAUUCAGUCUCGGGAAAGGGGCGUAUUCGUCGAGGAAACUAUCCAGGUCCAUCGUCUCCUGUUGUAGUUCGGUUGCCUUCCGUGUCUGAUGUCUCAGAGGAGACCUUGGCUAGUGAGGCAGCCAUGGAGACUGACAUCACAGAACAGCAGCAAGCAGCUAUGCAGCAGGAGGAGAGAGUAUUGACUGAGCAGAUUGAGAACCUACAGAAGGAGAAGGAGGAGCUAACAUUUGAGAUGCUUGUACUAGAACCACGUGCCUCUGAUGAUGAAACCCUUGAGUCUGAGGCCUCCAUUGGGACUGCUGAUAGCUCAGAAAAUUUGAAUAUGGAGUCUGAAUGUGCUAUCUCUGAGAAAUCGGAGAGAAGCUUAGCCUUUAGCUCCCUGAAGACAGCUGGCAAGUCUGAACCUUCCAGCAAGUUGCAAAAGCAACUUAAAAAGCAGCAAGAUUCUUUAGAUGUCGUGGACUCUUCGGUCUCCUCUUUAUGUCCGUCUAACACGGCAUCAUCUCAUGGGACCAGAAAACUAUUUCAGAUUUAUUCCAAAUCUCCAUUCUACCGAGCUGCCUCAGCUAAUGAGGCCCUGGGAAUGGAAGGACCAUUGGGCCAGACCAAAUUCCUGGAAGACAAGCCUCAGUUCAUCAGCAGAGGAACCUUCAACCCGGAAAAGGGCAAACAAAAAUUAAAGAAUGUGAAAAACUCACCUCAGAAAACCAAAGAGACCCCAGAGGGGACAGUCAUGUCUGGCCGCAGAAAAACUGUGGACCCAGACUGCACCUCCAACCAACAGCUAGCACUCUUUGGAAAUAAUGAAUUUAUGGUCUGAACCGGCAGAUGUGUGUCCCUCCAUGGCUACAGAGUGGUAAACACAUCUCACCUUUGGGGCUGCGUUUCAUCACCUCAUCCACAAUAGUCAAUCCUAAUUGUGGUCCUGCCUCUUUUCUAAGCAUAUGGCUAAGACUGUAUGUGCUGAAUUCCUGGGCCUCCUGCAGAAGCAGAAAGCCUGCUGGGGAUGGUGCCAGCUGUGCCUUGGCUGCUGUAUUUGAAUUGAGAUUUUACUAUACAAAGCCACCUAGGGCCUGGGGAUUUGGGUCAGUUGUAGUUGCCUCUCCCCCACCCUCUUUUCCCUUCCCAAAGGUGGGUGUUGAACUAGGGGGGAUAUUGCUGUCCUGAGGGACCCUGUCAUUUCUGACAUUUGAAGAAAACGUAUAAAUCUUUCUUAACCAUGAAAGCAAAAGCCUUUGGGUUUAUUUUGGGAUAGUUAGGAGCUAGGGUAGAAUAUAAUUUUUUUCCAAAAACUUACAAACAAAAAGCCUAAUCCCUCUAUUUUAAGAUUUCUGAAAAAACACUCCAUGUUAUAUUCUGGGGAAAGCAAAAAAAAAAAAAAAAAAGUGAUUGUUUCUGUUAAGCUAUCAGAGCGUGUCUCAGAUAUCUUGUUAUACAGUGAAGAAGAGAAUACCUAUUUAUUUUGUUUUUUGAUGAUGUUUGAUGUCAUAAUAAUCAGUGCUGGUUUAACUCCUGUUUAGUUCCUGCCAAAUACAUUGCAUGGGCUGAAGUGUCAGUAGCCAUACUGUUCUCAUGUUUCUUGGUCCUAGGAUCAGAUUCUUCUACAUUAUUUUUUAGUUUCCCAGAGACAUGGUGAUCCCUAAACUUAUGAAGAUUUCAUCCCAAGCCAUUCAGGCUUUUCUCUUUGUAUAGAUUAAACCGAAAACCGCAUAUGAGCCUGUUCAUCUGCUGGUGGAUUCCCACCACAGAGUCAAACAAAUAAUGUGACCAUUUAGUUAGUUCUCCAAAAACAUUCACGUACAAUAUUGCAUGAAUAAGUGUUACAGAAAGCUGCCAAAAAAUAAAAAGGUUUUUAAUAUGACCUAUCUAACUUUUAUCUAUCUUCCUUUUCUCAGACCAUCAGUAUUAAAUAGAUGGAAAAAAAUCAAGGACUACUUGAAGCUAUUUUUGUUAAUACUCUGGUUACUGAAGUUUAUUGUAAAUAUGUAUGUACAGUAGGCAUAUUUCUUUUUAACCUUGUGCUUCCCUCCUUCCCAUGGAAUUUCUUCCCACAGAUUAGGGGCCACUGGACAGGGGGAUGAGAGCCAUUCAUCCCUGGGUUGAGGGAAUAGUAAGACAUCAUUUUCACCACUGGGUGGUCUUCAUACACAUGAAUUAUAAUAGCAUUUUAAGCAUCUUAGCAUUUGUGGGAUUAGAAAUCUGUUUUUGCUAUUUAUAAUAUAUAAAAAAUGAAACAUGAUAGCCUUUCUUGAGAUAAGUAUGUGAAAUGUUUAUUUUUAAAGUUACUAAAUGCAUCUUGUCUUGCUACUACAUGCACUGCUCUGAAAAAGAGCCUUUACCAUCUAUAACCUGUAUUUUGGUUAUUCUUCCUUUUCAUACUUCUUUGAAGUUGUGGAAAUACUAAGUCUUUUGUUAAGGCAGAGUCUCUCCUGUUACACAACACUGAACCUCAUGCCACUGCCUCAGUGGUUAUUGGCCAGCCCCAGAGGUUAGACUUGGAGCAUAAUUCUGAGUGGCAGCUAAAGGUAGCAGGAGUCUUACCUCUCCCUGCUUUGGGUUCAGAAUUGAGCCAGAGAAAGGAAGCUUUUAAAAUCUCCAGAAUAAUGAUGGUUAAUGAGCAAAUGUUAUGCUUUAUAUCCCACAGACAUCUGCCACCUUGUUCAUCUUGUCAUGAGGAGUAAUGAAUAUUAAGCUUUUAAAAAUCUGAAUUUCAGAGAAUCUCCUAAAGGAUAGAGGAAAACCCCUCAGCAUGGUGUGUCAGAGUGGGAUUGCUGGUUCCUUAGCCCUGUGCCAGGUUGCACAGUCUGUGUUUCAGUGUUCUUGGGGGAGUAGUGUAUUGCUGGGCAUUAAUUGUUACUCUGCACUUGCUCCAGAACGUUGGUUAAAUCCUGUAUAAAAAAAAAGAGAUUGCUCUUAUGGAAUAAUUUCCUGUGGCCCAGAGGAAUGGCCAGGAGAACACAUGUUGGCACAUGUUCUUCCUUUGAAAUCUUUGUGGGGUUUUUUUUGGCAAAAUAAAUUUUUUGGCAGUUAAAAAAUGACUGAUGUAGAUCACUUUAUAGGAACUAGGUGAUGGAUGUUAAGAGACUUUAUAAUUUUUCUCAGGGACCUGAAACUCUAAUUUGGGUAAAAUUCAAUUAAAAAAAAACUUGUUUUUUCAGUUGCUAGAUCUGUGGAUUUCUAGUCGUUUAAUCUGCCAGGAUUGGGGUGGGUGGGUGAGGAGGAGAGAUCCACAAAAUAAAUGGUAAGAGUGGAGAGCAGUGUGGGGCCCUCCCUUUGAGGGAAAGCCGUUGUUUACAUAGGGUAGUAGGCCUUGUUGGCCCGAUCAAGAGAUGAAGCCAUAACUCUUAAAAACCUUCAGAACCAAAUGCUGUGUCUGCAUCCAUCUGUUCUCACUGGCCCUCUGCGUGGUAAAGUUAUGUCACCACAAAGUGAUGCCGCAUUACAAUCACUUAUGAAACUGUUAGCCCUUAAUAUGCAUCAUUUGUGGUUCCGUAGUGCUUCUCCUUUGCUUGUUUGCUUUGAUCUCUGUGUGGCAGCAGUGGGGCAGCUCCACAUUUGGAGCCCAUACUCCAAAAUGCAGAGCACUCUACUCACAGCACACAUUCCCAGCCCCAAACAAAACCUGAAUUUUCAACUCUGCCCAUUAAAGUGAAUGUAUCCCUGUAAUUUAGUAUGUACUUAUUAUGGAAAAUGUAACAAAAGCAGGGAAGUGUGAUUUCAUUCUGUAUCACAAAUUGAAGCAAAUUAACAGCAAAUACAGCAGUAUUCAGGGAGGCUUAGUUUACAACGUACUUUGUACCUCCUGCCAUUUAAAUUAUUUUGCCACUCUGGGCUCCUGAAAACACAAAGGGAGAUAGAGCCCUCCAACUAUGAGCCUUGCAGAGAGAGACAAAAGGGCCAGAGGUCCUGGGAUGGAAUACUAGAGCCCCCACCUUCUCAUGCUUUGGAAAUCUGCCAGAGCACUUACCCUGCUGGAAGAUUAAUGAAGACUCCAUUCUGUGUUUCAUAACAGUAGAGUUGUUUUCUCCAUCAAAAACAGAGGGUCACAGAAAUGUGCUGAAAAGAUGUGGUCCAGCAAGGUUCUGUAGUCCCACCUCAGUGCCUGUGGGCUGUGUUUUUAACUGUAACAAGCACUUUGGUAACCUAGAAAGAAGAAAGGAUUCUCAGGAUGUGUUCAAAGCUAAGAGAGUGAGUUUUCAUUUUAAACAGAAACAUACUCCAUGGCUUUCCUCAUCCUCCUCUCUUUUUUCUUCUUGGUGGGAAGCUGGAUGCGGGGCAUGCAUCAUUCUGUAUGGACAAAUGUGUUAUGUCCACCCAUACUCUUGUGACAACUCCCCAGCACUGUCCCGCAAUACCAUGCUGGCCUUGGUAGUAAAACUCCUUGGUAUCCGUGAGAGUCCUCUUUUUCUAUGCCCUAGGCUACUUUUAACCACUUUUCUCUGGAAUGACUCCCACAUUUGAUUGGUAUUGAAAGGGUAACAGCAAAAUGAUGAUUGUGGAGAUGGAUCUAUUAGGUCUCAUAUUGGUCCCCUGGUUGAAACUAUUUUCAAAAAAGCCCCAACAAUGGGCCUGUCACCUUGCUAGUCAUCCAUUCUUAAUGCCUAUUUAUCAGCCCUCUGAGGUCAUAUAAAAGUUGUACCUUUUGAACCAAGUAUUUGUAUUUACUAUGGGAAAGGUGUGGACUACAGAUUAGUAUUAUAUUAUUUUAAUGGAUUUUAAGUAAUUUAUAAGUAUGCUGAGUGUAAAUUUUUAAGAAAAACUAUUAUAAACGGACAUAUCCUGUGAAAUAUAACAUUUUACUGUUUAAUAGAAUAAUUCUAUAAGAAGAAUGAUUUAUCUCACCCACGGAACUGAUUACAUUCCGGAUGCAAUCAACAGGCACUUUGUAAUUUCCUUUUUGUUUUUUUCUUUGCCAGGGGGUUGAGGGGUAACAAGAUAUCAUCUGUAUAAAGUGCAGUUUGUGUCACUCAAAAUAUGCACUGUAUGGCUACACAAAAGCAGCUUGAUGAACAAAUCACCCCAUGGCUCAUUAAAGAACAAAGCUUCCAGAAA